CCUGCAGCUGGAACAAAGGAUCAACUCAUAAAGCACUUCUUGAUAUACCUUGACUCCUCGCCAGCGGCGCAGUUCACGUAAACAACUUUCUUGCUCAUCGGUUGACGCAUCCCUGCGCUCGCAAAGUUUUUCGAGCGGGCGAGGAUGGCCGCGCCUCCACGUAAUGUGGACGCUCGGACUGCUGCCCUGCAGCGUCCGGCGUCGGAAGUGAUUCUGAAGACGCACACCGAGCCAAGCUAUGACCUGGCGAUGGAGCGGCGCAAGGCCACGUUUAAUGUGGAGGAGCUUUCCUACGUUCUGAAUGGUGGAAAGGAGCAGCUGGAGAAGAAGAUGCGGUUCGCGGAGAUGCUUUCCAAGACCAGCUGGGGUGACAAGAGCCGCCGCUACUUCCUCAAUCGGGAGGAGGAGUACGUGGGCGCGUUGAAGGCGGCCCUGGGCAUCUGGGAGAAGAUGAAGUCGGAGCGGCUAUCGCUGUCUGACGGGGCGCUGAUGCGCACCCUGGUAGACUUCCCGGGAGGACUGGAGCUGCACAUCGGGAUGUUCAUCCCCUCCAUCCUGUCCCAGGGCAGUGCGGAGCAGCAGGCCAAGUGGAUGCCGCUGUGCAUGGGGCUCAAGAUCAUCGGCACCUACGCGCAGACGGAGCUGGGCCACGGCACCUUUGUGCGCGGCCUGGAGACCACCGCCACGUACGACAAGCAGACGCAGGAGUUCGUGGUGCACAGCCCCACCCUGACCGCCACCAAGUGGUGGCCGGGCGGGCUGGGCAAGACCUCCACACACGCCAUCGUCAUGGCACGCCUCAUGCUGCCCGACGGCGCCGGCGGCGUGCGCGACCACGGCCCCCACGGCUUCGUGGUCCAGAUCCGCGACAUGGACACCCACCUGCCGCUGCCGGGGGUCAGCAUUGGCGACAUCGGACCCAAGUUCGGUUUCGGCGGUGUGGACAACGGCUUCAUGUCGUUCGACCACCUGCGCAUCCCGCGCGACGCCAUGCUCAUGCGCUUCUCCAAGGUGACGCCCGAGGGUGUGUACGUGCCGCCGCCGCCCUCCAACAGCAAGGCCUCAUACGCCACCAUGGUGUUUGUGCGGGCUGACAUUGUGAAGAACAGCGGCUCGGUGCUGGCGCGAGCAGUCACCAUCGCCACACGCUACGCCGCCGUGCGCCGCCAGACCGCGCCGGGGCCCGGGCAGCGGGAGCUGCAGGUGCUGGACUACCAGAACUGUGCUGCCACGUUGCUGCCGUUGCUGGCCGCCGCCUACGCCCUGACCUUCAUGGGGGAGGACAUGAUGGGCAUGUACCGGAAGUUUGAGGCGGACCGGGACGCGGGCCGCUUUGAGGGGCUGCCGGAGCUGCACGCGCUCAGCAGCGGGCUCAAGGCGCUGUGCACGUGGAUCGCGGCGGACGGCAUCGAGGAGUGCCGGCGCACGUGCGGCGGGCACGGCUACAGCCGCCUGAGCGGCCUGCCCACGCUGUUCGCCAGCUACGUCCAGAACGUGACCUGGGAGGGCGACAACAACGUGCUGUGCCUGCAGACCGCGCGCUUCCUGAUCAAGGCGCUGGCGGGCGUCAAGGCGGGCAGGCGCGUGGAGGGCAGUGCCGCCUACCUCAACGACGCCGCCACAGAGCUGGCGCCCGGCCGCCGCUGCGCCGCCGCCGGCGAGGCCUGCUGGCUGCGGCCCGAGGUGGCGGCGGCGGCGCUGCGGCACGCGGCGGCGCGCAGCUGCGCCACCGCGGCGGAGACGCUGGCGGCGGCGUCUGGCGGGCGGCUGGUGUUUGAGGGGGCGCCCUGGAACAGCAACACCGUGGACAGCAUCAGGGCCGCCAAGGCGCACUGCGCGCUGGUGCUGCACGGCACCUUCCUGGCCAGCGUGGCCCGACUGGAGGCCGGCGCCGGCGCCAUCAACAUCAACACCAGCACCGCGGCCGCUGUGCCCAGCGACGACGCCGACGCCGGCGCCGCGGGUGCCGGCGCCGGCGGCUCGCUGCGCCUGGGCGGCGCGGCCGCGGGUGUGCUGCGUCAGCUGGCGGCGCUGUUCGCGCUGGAGGUGCUGGAGCGCGGCGGCGGGCUGGCGGUGCUGCUGGAGGACGGAUACAUGAGCGCCGCCCAGGCCGGCGCGCUGCGGCGCGCGCACCGGGGCCUGCUGGCGGCGCUGCGCCCCAACGCGGUGGCGCUGGUGGACGCCUUCGCAUUCCCCGACUACCUGCUGCACAGUGCUCUGGGCCGCCAGGACGGGGACGUGUACCGUGGCCUGCUGGACAUGGCGCGGGGCUCGCCGCUCAACGACACGGAGGAGGGGCCGGCCUGGCUGGAGGUGCUGCGGCCCGUGCUGGCGGCGCGCAGCCGGAUGUAAGGCAGGAAAUGGCGCAGGGUGGCGGAGGGCGGGGGCGGGGGGUGGAUGAGCGAGGGCGGGGGCGUAGGAGGGCCAAUGCGGGGGUGCCUGGUCAAGAAGGAAUGGGCGCGGGCUGGGCGUGGGCUGGGCGCGUGUCAGCGAGGAGCUAGCGGGCACACUGAACGUCUUGUGAGUGUCUGUGACGUGAGCUAGUUCGAGGCGUGUAUUAUGUUUGGGGCCGUCUAGCCGCAAUUGGAAGGAGCGGGCCCCAGUGACAGGGGAAGGUUGUCGCGUAGCCAGGCUUGCGCACGGCCGCACGCUCUUACCAGUUGAACCUGUGGGUUUGACCCGCGUGAGUGGUUUGUGACUUGUGAGGCAGGCGGUCGGCAGAGAGGCAGAGGCGGCGGGUAAUGUGCAAAUGUGGGAGGCUGUUGCUGUUACCACAAUGCGUGCUGUCGGGCUGGGAGGUAUUGAGACCUCAAACAUCACUGCAACCUCGGGCUUCGACGUACGACAGUUGCAUUGAGGACUGAGCCACUGAGCUUGUGCGUAAGAGGCCCGAGCAGGCGCUUUGCGUCGCGCAGUUUGCCUGUGGCUGCCUGCCUACGGACUGUGACUUUAUCACGUUCCAUUACCGUACAAUCCCGUCGCAAUCCUUCCAGUUCCAUAGCCCGCAAACCAUAAAGGUCCUCCUAAUCGUGUGGACACCUCCUGCGGCACAGCCCUCAAGCACGUGCGCUAACCGGAGUGAGG